CCACAGAGUGAAGGAAAAGCAGCCAACAAGUGCUCAGCAUAUGUGGGAACUCYUUCAAGACAGCGGGGGACGUUUCAGACAUUAAGAUUAGAUAGAAUGGGGUUUACCACUGAUACACACAGCGGAUUAUUUGAGGGUCAGACAUUUUUUGGGGGGGUAGGGAAGAGAAGGACAUGGCUGGGUACAGGCCGAGGGUGAUAGUGCUGAGUAAGAAGCCAGGUCAAAGUUUUGGCUUCUUCUUGAGGGUGGAGCAAGGAGAGGAUGGCCACCUGAUCAGGAACCUGGAGAGGGGCAGCCCGGCCACGCUGGUGGGUUUGAAGGACGGAGACCGCAUCCUCCGGGUCAACGGAACCUAUGUGGACGAAAUGGACCACUCACGGGUAGUGGACCUGGUGAAGGAGAGCGGUGCAUCUGUCACCUUCCACGUUCUGGAUGUGGCAUCCUACAAGCAGGCUAAGACUAAGGGGGUGGACCUGUCUGACCCACCCGCCACACCCACCCAGCACGCCAUGAACGGGGUGGGAGGAGGGGCGCCCAAACCCAAACUCUGCUACCUGGCCAAGUCCAGCGGGGGCUACGGCUUCUCUUUGCGCUCUGUCAAAGAUGAGAGGGGUGACGUGGGCAUGUUCAUGACAGAGGUGGCCCCAGGGGGUGUGGCCGCGAGUGCAGGGGUCAAGACCAACGACCGCCUGAUAGAGGUCAACGGGGAGAACACGGAGAACGCCACUCAUGACCAGAUAGUUGAAAAGGUCAAGGCAUCAGGCAGCAGCGUCAUGCUCCUAUUGGUGGAUGAGGACACAGACAGGUUCUACAAGAUAAAACACAUCAUGAUAGGGGCAGGGCUAGCCACCGUGAAGCUCCUCCCACUGAAGCCACGCAUCGCAGACUUGGUCAAAGGAUCAGACGGCUAUGGAUACUUCCUAAGGACUGAGCCUAACAAGACAGGCCACUUCAUCAGGGACAUUGACAGGGGUAGCCCAGCCGAGAGGGYGGGAUUAAAGGAGAUGGACAGGCUGGUUGCCGUGGAGGGUGUGGAAGUGGAUGGCUGCAGCCAUGAGCAGGUGGUGGACAGGAUCAGGCAGUGUGGCAACAAGUGCUGCCUCCUGGUGGUCGAUGAAGACACUGACACGCUCUACAAGAUGGGAGGCGUUUCUCCUCUGUUCUGCUUGGAAGAGAUUAUGGAAUCCCUCCUUCCAGCAACCCCUCCACCCAGCUACCCAGAGUGCGUGCCGGCCCCGGCCCCGUCCCAGGCCCCAGCUCCGGCMCCAGCCCCGGCCCCUGUUACCACAGACCUCCUCAAGCUGUGCAAGAUGGAGAAGACCUCCGCCGGGUACGGCUUCCACCUCAACGGUAUACAGGGAGUCUUUGGCCAGUAUAUCAAAGAGGUGGUGAAGGGUGGAGCCGCGGACAAGGCUGGUCUAGAGGACGAAGACAUGGUGGUGGAGGUGGACGGUGUGAAUGUGGAGCAGAGCAGUCACGAGCAAGUGGUGGGGUUGAUCCGUAAGAGUGGCAGCUCGCUGGUACUCCUAGUUGCCGGGAAGCAGGCCAACGACCACUUCAAAGCCAAAGAGGUGGCCAUCACUCCUCAGCUCUUCGUCCCCUCGUCCCAAGCCAGGUCCCCAUCCCCAGUCCCGUCCCCGUCUCUAGCACGGAGCCACACACCAGCCCAGAUAGACACCCCAGCCACUCUGGAGGAGGUCCAAGAGGAGGAAGAGGAGGAGGCUGCUGAGACAGACACCACGCCGCACCAGGCACGAGAUAGGACUCCAUCUGUGUCAUCAGCAGCAUCAUCUUGCUCGAGCGUUGAUGAGAGACUCUGAGAAGUCAUCAAUGAGAAAAAAAAUCCUGUUAAGACUUUUUCUGUCUCCCAUCAACAUGUGCACCAUGCUGGAUAAUGCAGGUAUCUCUGCUCAAGAACUCUGAUCAAACGUAAUACAUUCCGAUUACAGAGGCUGCUUUUAGGUAUCAAUGCAAAUCAGUUGAAAAUAGCAAUAAAUAGCCAUUAAUGUAUAACUGUAUUGAUCAGUUAGAUAGCACUGUUAUCCAACCAGCGUAUGGAUCAGUAUAAUCUCAUUACGAACACCUGCAAUGUAGACCGAGAACACUAGUAAUGCCAGUUCAAUGUGUUUAACUGGAACAGUAACCAUAGUGAGAGAGGCCUACUGUACUACACCUUAAUAAUAAUGCUGUCUUUUAAAUAUCAUUAAAAUGAUCAAGUACAUUUUA